AUGACUUUCCCUUCCGGCUGUCACCUGUCCCAAUCCCUGUCAUCUCGGGAGCUCGCGGUGCCGUGGUGCACCUGGAAGAUGGGAGACGGCAGCCCAUGUGACAAUCUGGGGCUUGGCAUGUUCGGCGGGACCGCCCGCCUAGACCCUUCCCUGCCCUGCAACCCUGCCCUGCAACCCUGGGCUGGGGCCCUUAGCCGUGUGAGCCCGCGGCAGCAGCCUGCCCUUAGGUUCAGGCCCAUGUUCACUCUUGCGUACCCUGUUUUCCUGCGUUCACCUCGCGGCCUCCGGCCCUCAUGUGCUCUAACAGCUCGUAUCUCCACAGUGUCCGGCCGACAGCUGCAGCAGCAGGAGCCCGGCGCUGAGAAUGAAGAGAAGCACUCAGUGACUGAAGGGCCUGUGGGCGAGAUCAUUCGGCCAAGGCCACAGGGGUCCUCACCUGUUUACGAAUUCACACCUGAAGGUGCUGUUGGCUUUGGAGCCCAGGAAAACAACCAGGGCAGGCGCAGCUCUGCUGGCAGAAGGAGAUCCUGGUGGAAACGGGAUUCGGGGGAAUCCUCAGGCUUCUCCAGCAUGAGUCAUCCAGAGGAGGCAGCAGAAGUGGCCCUGGAGACUGAGGUGGAGUCAGGAGUCAGUGGCUACAGUGUCACAGGUGGAGGGGACCAGGGCAUUUUUGUCAAGCAAGUGCUGAAGGACUCAUCCGCUGCAAAACUAUUCAGCCUAAGAGAAGGGGAUCAGCUUCUCAGUGCAACCAUAUUCUUUGACCACAUGAAAUAUGAAGAUGCUCUUAAGAUCCUGCAGUACUCAGAGCCAUACAAAGUCCAGUUCAGAAUCAAACGGAAAUUCUCGGCCAGCAGGGGAGAGGAGUUGGCCACUCAGCACCCUCAGCAAGGUUUAAAAGGCCAGGAAAAACAGGACAAGGACACUGCUGAUGGAUACAUGGAGACCCCUACAAAGACUAUAGAGGCAGAUGGAGAUCGAGAAAGACUUAUCUCUAAGUCCAGGGAUGGUCGCCAGAGGCGGCCCCAAGACAGACUUUCCUGGCCAAAAUUUCAAGCCUUAAGGAGCAAGCGAGGGACAGGCCCCCGACGUUCACACAGUUCCUCAGAAGCCUCAGAGCACAGGGACACACGUGACGUGUCCCCUACAAGCACAGACACAGAGACUCAGCUGACAACUGACAGCCAGGAGCAGAGCUGGGAUGACGAGUGGGAGGAGCUACAGAGUCUGGAAACUGGCAUUGCCCGACUGUCUCUUCAAGACAAGCAUGAGCAAGGCAGGACACAGGUUCCACUACGAGACACGCAAGCCACGGAAGAGAGGUUUUCCAAAAGGAAGACGAAAGAAUUGAAAAAGGUCACGAAAGAAGAAGGAACAGGGGAGACAGAACCAAGAGGAUCGGGAAACAGGGACGAAGAAGGAACGCACCGCACAGAAGAACAACAGGGGGAAGUGAUCCACACCUCGGGAGAGAGACCACAGCAGGGAGACGGGGGAAAAGAGCAGACGGAGGAAGGGAAUGAAGACCAGGGCUCAGACAUGGCAGAAAUGAGGGUGAGGAUGCCAAGAUUCAGGGUACCGUCAUUUGCCUGGUCGCCAUCAAAGAAUGUAAUCACCAUGCAAAAGGACAGAAAUGAAAUGGACACAAAGGAAUACGAAAAACUAAAAGAGGGAUUGGAAACACACACCAGUGGAGAGGAGAAAGAAACAGAAACGACACGGAACAAACAACACAUUCCGAGACCACAAACGGAUGACAAAGAAGAAAAAACCAUACGAAAGAGUAAGCACACAGAAAAAGUGACGAUGAAGGGCCACAAAGAGGAGCUGAGCAGCCCACAGGAAGGGUCCCUGCCCGGGAUGGACACGGACAUCCAGGACCUGGGAACAAAGCAAGAGCUGCACCUGACACGGACAUACAAGGAUGUGGCUGCCAAAGACAGCAAGUUCAAGAUGCCCAAAUUCAAGAUGCCCUCUUUCGGGGUGACCUCGCCUGGCAAGCCCUCCGUGGAGGCCUCCCUAGAAGUGGCUGCCCCUAAGCUAGAGGCAGACGUGACUCUACCCUCAGUGCAGGGCGACCUCAAGACCCCUGACCUGAGCAUUCAGCUGCCGUCCGCCGAACUGGAGGUAAAGGCCGGCCAGGUGGGCGUGAAGCUGCCCGAGGGCCAGCUGCCAGAUGCAGAGCUGACCGCUCAGGCUGCUUCAGGAUCGGACCUCAAGGGCCACCUGCCCAAGGUGCAGAUGCCCAGCCUAAAGAUGCCCAAGGUGGACCUGAAGGGCCCCCACGUGGACCUGAAGGCUCCCAAAUUUGACGUGAAGGGCCCCAAGGGUGAGCUGAGAGCCGCGGGCGUGGAGGUGUCCCAGCCGGGCAUCGACGUGGACAUCCAGGUCCUUGGAGCAAAGCUGGAGGGGGACCUCGGCCUGACCCUAACCGACAAGGACGUAGCCGCCAAAGACAGCAAGUUCAAGAUGCCCAAAUUCAAGAUGCCCUCUUUCGGGGUGUCCUCGCCUGGCAAGCCCUCCGUGGAGGCCUCCCUGGACGUGGCUGCCCCUAAGCUAGAGGCAGACGUGACUCUACCCUCAGUGCAGGGCGACCUCAAGACCCCUGACCUGAGCAUUCAGCUGCCGUCCGCCGAACUGGAGGUUAAGGCCGGCCAGGUGGGCGUGAAGCUGCCCGAGGGCCAGCUGCCAGAUGCAGAGAUGCCCGCACAGGCUGCCGCAGGUUACGGCCUCAAGGGCCACCUGCCCAAGGUAGAGAUGCCUAGCCUCAAGAUGCCCAAGGUGGACCUGAAGGGCCCCCACGUGGACCUGAAGGCUCCCAAAUUUGACGUGAAGGGCCCCAAGGGUGAGCUGAGCGGCCCAGACGUGGAGGGGUCGAUGCCCGGCGUCGCCGUGGACAUCCAGGUCCUUGGAGCAAAGCCGGAGGGGGACCUUGACUUGGCCGACAAGGACGUGGCCGCCAAAGACAGCAAGUUCAAGAUGCCCAAAUUCAAGAUGCCCUCUUUCGGGGUGUCCUCGCCUGGCAAGCCCUCCGUGGAGGCCUCCCUGGACGUGGCUGCCCCUAAGCUAGAGGCAGACGUGACUCUACCCUCAGUGCAGGGCGACCUCAAGACCCCUGACCUGAGCAUUCAGCUGCCGUCCGCCGAACUGGAGGUAAAGGCCGGCCAGGUGGGCGUGAAGCUGCCCGAGGGCCAGCUGCCAGAUGCAGAGCUGACCGCUCAGGCUGCUUCAGGAUCGGGCCUCAAGGGCCACCUGCCCAAGGUGCAGAUGCCCAGCCUAAAGAUGCCCAAGGUGGACCUGAAGGGCCCCCACGUGGACCUGAAGGCUCCCAAAUUUGACGUGAAGGGCCCCAAGGGUGAGCUGAGAGCCGCGGGCGUGGAGGUGUCCCAGCCGGGCAUCGACGUGGACAUCCAGGCUUCUGGAACAAAGCUGGAGGGGGACCUCGGCCUGACCCUAACCGACAAGGACAUAGCCGCCAAAGACAGCAAGUUCAAGAUGCCCAAAUUCAAGAUGCCCUCUUUCGGGGUGUCCUCGCCUGGCAAGCCCUCCGUGGAGGCCUCCCUGGACGUGGCUGCCCCUAAGCUAGAGGCAGACGUGACUCUAACCUCAGUGCAGGGCGACCUCAAGACCCCUGACCUGAGCAUUCAGCUGCCGUCCGCCGAACUGGAGGUUAAGGCCGGCCAGGUGGGCGUGAAGCUGCCCGAGGGCCAGCUGCCAGAUGCAGAGAUGCCCGCACAGGCUGCCGCAGGUUACGGCCUCAAGGGCCACCUGCCCAAGGUAGAGAUGCCUAGCCUCAAGAUGCCCAAGGUGGACCUGAAGGGCCCCCACGUGGACCUGAAGGCUCCCAAAUUUGACGUGAAGGGCCCCAAGGGUGAUAUAAGAGCCCCGGGCGUGGAGGUGUCCCAGCCGGGCAUCGACGUGGACAUCCAGGCUUCUGGAACAAAGCUGGAGGGGGACCUCGGCCUGACCCUAACCGACAAGGACGUAGCCGCCAAAGACAGCAAGUUCAAGAUGCCCAAAUUCAAGAUGCCCUCUUUCGGGGUGUCCUCGCCUGGCAAGCCCUCCGUGGAGGCCUCCCUGGACGUGGCUGCCCCUAAGCUAGAGGCAGACGUGACUCUACCCUCAGUGCAGGGCGACCUCAAGACCCCUGACCUGAGCAUUCAGCUGCCGUCCGCCGAACUGGAGGUUAAGGCCGGCCAGGUGGGCGUGAAGCUGCCCGAGGGCCAGCUGCCAGAUGCAGAGAUGCCCGCACAGGCUGCCGCAGGUUACGGCCUCAAGGGCCACCUGCCCAAGGUAGAGAUGCCUAGCCUCAAGAUGCCCAAGGUGGACCUGAAGGGCCCCCACGUGGACCUGAAGGCUCCCAAAUUUGACGUGAAGGGCCCCAAGGGUGAGCUGAGCGGCCCAGACGUGGAGGGGUCGAUGCCCGGCGUCGCCGUGGACAUCCAGGUCCUUGGAGCAAAGCCGGAGGGGGACCUUGACUUGGCCGACAAGGACGUGGCCGCCAAAGACAGCAAGUUCAAGAUGCCCAAAUUCAAGAUGCCCUCUUUCGGGGUGUCCUCGCCUGGCAAGCCCUCCGUGGAGGCCUCCCUGGACGUGGCUGCCCCUAAGCUAGAGGCAGACGUGACUCUACCCUCAGUGCAGGGCGACCUCAAGACCCCUGACCUGAGCAUUCAGCUGCCGUCUGCCGAACUGGAGGUAAAGGCCGGCCAGGUGGGCGUGAAGCUGCCCGAGGGCCAGCUGCCAGAUGCAGAGCUGACCGCUCAGGCUGCUUCAGGAUCGGGCCUCAAGGGCCACCUGCCCAAGGUGCAGAUGCCCAGCCUAAAGAUGCCCAAGGUGGACCUGAAGGGCCCCCACGUGGACCUGAAGGCUCCCAAAUUUGACGUGAAGGGCCCCAAGGGUGAGCUGAGAGCCGCGGGCGUGGAGGUGUCCCAGCCGGGCAUCGACGUGGACAUCCAUGCUUCUGGAACAAAGCUGGAGGGGGACCUCGGCCUGACCCUAACCGACAAGGACAUAGCCGCCAAAGACAGCAAGUUCAAGAUGCCCAAAUUCAAGAUGCCCUCUUUCGGGGUGUCCUCGCCUGGCAAGCCCUCCGUGGAGGCCUCCCUGGACGUGGCUGCCCCUAAGCUAGAGGCAGACGUGACUCUACCCUCAGUGCAGGGCGACCUCAAGACCCCUGACCUGAGCAUUCAGCUGCCGUCCGCCGAACUGGAGGUUAAGGCCGGCCAGGUGGGCGUGAAGCUGCCCGAGGGCCAGCUGCCAGAUGCAGAGAUGCCCGCACAGGCUGCCGCAGGUUACGGCCUCAAGGGCCACCUGCCCAAGGUAGAGAUGCCUAGCCUCAAGAUGCCCAAGGUGGACCUGAAGGGCCCCCACGUGGACCUGAAGGCUCCCAAAUUUGACGUGAAGGGCCCCAAGGGUGAGCUGAGCGGCCCAGACAUGGAGGGGUCGAUGCCCGGCGUCGCCGUGGACAUCCAGGUCCUUGGAGCAAAGCCGGAGGGGGACCUUGACUUGGCCGACAAGGACGUGGCCGCCAAAGACAGCAAGUUCAAGAUGCCCAAAUUCAAGAUGCCCUCUUUCGGGGUGUCCUCGCCUGGCAAGCCCUCCGUGGAGGCCUCCCUGGACGUGGCUGCCCCUAAGCUAGAGGAAGACGUGACUCUACCCUCAGUGCAGGGCGACCUCAAGACCCCUGACCUGAGCAUUCAGCUGCCGUCCGCCGAACUGGAGGUAAAGGCCGGCCAGGUGGGCGUGAAGCUGCCCGAGGGCCAGCUGCCAGAUGCAGAGCUGACCGCUCAGGCUGCUUCAGGAUCGGGCCUCAAGGGCCACCUGCCCAAGGUGCAGAUGCCCAGCCUAAAGAUGCCCAAGGUGGACCUGAAGGGCCCCCACGUGGACCUGAAGGCUCCCAAAUUUGACGUGAAGGGCCCCAAGGGUGAUAUAAGAGCCCCGGGCGUGGAGGUGUCCCAGCCGGGCAUCGACGUGGACAUCCAGGCUUCUGGAGCAAAGCCGGAGGGGGACCUCGGCCUGACCCUAACCGACAAGGACGUAGCCGCCAAAGACAGCAAGUUCAAGAUGCCCAAAUUCAAGAUGCCCUCUUUCGGGGUGUCCUCGCCUGGCAAGCCCUCCGUGGAGGCCUCCCUGGACGUGGCUGCCCCUAAGCUAGAGGCAGACCUGCCGUCCGCCGAACUGGAGGUUAAGGCCGGCCAGGUGGGCGUGAAGCUGCCCGAGGGCCAGCUGCCAGAUGCAGAGAUGCCCGCACAGGCUGCCGCAGGUUACGGCCUCAAGGGCCACCUGCCCAAGGUAGAGAUGCCUAGCCUCAAGAUGCCCAAGGUGGACCUGAAGGGCCCCCACGUGGACCUGAAGGCUCCCAAAUUUGACGUGAAGGGCCCCAAGGGUGAGCUGAGAGCCGCGGGCGUGGAGGUGUCCCAGCCGGGCAUCGACGUGGACAUCCAGGCUUCUGGAACAAAGCUGGAGGGGGACCUCGGCCUGACCCUAACCGACAAGGACGUAGCCGCCAAAGACAGCAAGUUCAAGAUGCCCAAAUUCAAGAUGCCCUCUUUCGGGGUGUCCUCGCCUGGCAAGCCCUCCGUGGAGGCCUCCCUGGACGUGGCUGCCCCUAAGCUAGAGGCUGACGUGACUCUAACCUCAGUGCAGGGCGACCUCAAGACCCCUGACCUGAGCAUUCAGCUGCCGUCUGCCGAACUGGAGGUUAAAGCCGGCCAGGUGGGCGUGAAGCUGCCCGAGGGCCAGCUGCCAGAUGCAGAGAUGCCCGCACAGGCUGCCGCAGGUUACGGCCUCAAGGGCCACCUGCCCAAGGUAGAGAUGCCUAGCCUCAAGAUGCCCAAGGUGGACCUGAAGGGCCCCCACGUGGACCUGAAGGCUCCCAAAUUUGACGUGAAGGGCCCCAAGGGUGAGCUGAGCGGCCCAGACGUGGAGGGGUCGAUGCCCGGCGUCGCCGUGGACAUCCAGGUCCUUGGAGCAAAGCCGGAGGGGGACCUUGACUUGGCCGACAAGGACGUGGCCGCCAAAGACAGCAAGUUCAAGAUGCCCAAAUUCAAGAUGCCCUCUUUCGGGGUGUCCUCGCCUGGCAAGCCCUCCGUGGAGGCCUCCCUGGACGUGGCUGCCCCUAAGCUAGAGGCAGACGUGACUCUACCCUCAGUGCAGGGCGACCUCAAGACCCCUGACCUGAGCAUUCAGCUGCCGUCCGCCGAACUGGAGGUAAAGGCCGGCCAGGUGGGCGUGAAGCUGCCCGAGGGCCAGCUGCCAGAUGCAGAGCUGACCGCUCAGGCUGCUUCAGGAUCGGGCCUCAAGGGCCACCUGCCCAAGGUAGAGAUGCCUAGCCUCAAGAUGCCCAAGGUGGACCUGAAGGGCCCCCACGUGGACCUGAAGGCUCCCAAAUUUGACGUGAAGGGCCCCAAGGGUGAGCUGAGCGGCCCAGACGUGGAGGGGUCGAUGCCCGGCGUCGCCGUGGACAUCCAGGUCCUUGGAGCAAAACCGGAGGGGGACCUUGACUUGGCCGACAAGGACGUAGCCGCCAAAGACAGCAAGUUCAAGAUGCCCAAAUUCAAGAUGCCCUCUUUCGGGGUGUCCUCGCCUGGCAAGCCCUCCGUGGAGGCCUCCCUGGUCGUGGCUGCCCCUAAGCUAGAGGCAGACGUGACUCUACCCUCAGUGCAGGGCGACCUCAAGACCCCUGACCUGAGCAUUCAGCUGCCGUCCGCCGAACUGGAGGUAAAGGCCGGCCAGGUGGGCGUGAAGCUGCCCGAGGGCCAGCUGCCAGAUGCAGAGCUGACCGCUCAGGCCGCUUCAGGAUCGGGCCUCAAGGGCCACCUGCCCAAGGUGCAGAUGCCCAGCCUAAAGAUGCCCAAGGUGGACCUGAAGGGCCCCCACGUGGACCUGAAGGCUCCCAAAUUUGACGUGAAGGGCCCCAAGGGUGAGCUGAGAGCCCCGGGCGUGGAGGUGUCCCAGCCGGGCAUCGACGUGGACAUCCAGGCUUCUGGAACAAAGCUGGAGGGGGACCUCGGCCUGACCCUAACCGACAAGGACGUAGCCGCCAAAGACAGCAAGUUCAAGAUGCCCAAAUUCAAGAUGCCCUCUUUCGGGGUGUCCUCGCCUGGCAAGCCCUCCGUGGAGGCCUCCCUGGACGUGGCUGCACCUAAGCUAGAGGCAGACGUGACUCUACCCUCAGUGCAGGGCGACCUCAAGACCCCUGACCUGAGCAUUCAGCUGCCGUCCGCCGAACUGGAGGUAAAGGCCGGCCAGGUGGGCGUGAAGCUGCCCGAGGGCCAGCUGCCAGAUGCAGAGCUGACCGCUCAGGCCGCUUCAGGAUCGGGCCUCAAGGGCCACCUGCCCAAGGUGCAGAUGCCCAGCCUAAAGAUGCCCAAGGUGGACCUGAAGGGCCCCCACGUGGACCUGAAGGCUCCCAAAUUUGACGUGAAGGGCCCCAAGGGUGAUAUGAGAGCCCCGGGCGUGGAGGUGUCCCAGCCGGGCAUCGACGUGGACAUCCAGGCUUCUGGAACAAAGCUGGAGGGGGACCUCGGCCUGACCCUAACCGACAAGGACGUAGCCGCCAAAGACAGCAAGUUCAAGAUGCCCAAAUUCAAGAUGCCCUCUUUCGGGGUGUCCUCGCCUGGCAAGCCCUCCGUGGAGGCCUCCCUGGACGUGGCUGCCCCUAAGCUAGAGGCAGACGUGACUCUACCCUCAGUGCAGGGAGACCUCAAGACCCCUGACCUGAGCAUUCAGCUGCCGUCCGCCGAACUGGAGGUAAAGGCCGGCCAGGUGGGCGUGAAGCUGCCCGAGGGCCAGCUGCCAGAUGCAGAGCUGACCGCUCAGGCUGCUUCAGGAUCGGGCCUCAAGGGCCACCUGCCCAAGGUAGAGAUGCCUAGCCUCAAGAUGCCCAAGGUGGACCUGAAGGGCCCCCACGUGGACCUGAAGGCUCCCAAAUUUGACGUGAAGGGCCCCAAGGGUGAGCUGAGCGGCCCAGACGUGGAGGGGUCGAUGCCCGGCGUCGCCGUGGACAUCCAGGUCCUUGGAGCAAAGCCGGAGGGGGACCUUGACUUGGCCGACAAGGACGUGGCCGCCAAAGACAGCAAGUUCAAGAUGCCCAAAUUCAAGAUGCCCUCUUUCGGGGUGUCCUCGCCUGGCAAGCCCUCCGCGGAGGCCUCCCUGGACGUGGCUGCCCCUAAGCUAGAGGCAGACGUGACUCUACCCUCAGUGCAGGGCGACCUCAAGACCCCUGACCUGAGCAUUCAGCUGCCGUCCGCCGAACUGGAGGUAAAGGCCGGCCAGGUGGGCGUGAAGCUGCCCGAGGGCCAGCUGCCAGAUGCAGAGCUGACCGCUCAGGCUGCUUCAGGAUCGGACCUCAAGGGCCACCUGCCCAAGGUGCAGAUGCCCAGCCUAAAGAUGCCCAAGGUGGACCUGAAGGGCCCCCACGUGGACCUGAAGGCUCCCAAAUUUGACGUGAAGGGCCCCAAGGGUGAGCUGAGAGCCGCGGGCGUGGAGGUGUCCCAGCCGGGCAUCGACGUGGACAUCCAGGUCCUUGGAGCAAAGCUGGAGGGGGACCUCGGCCUGACCCUAACCGACAAGGACGUAGCCGCCAAAGACAGCAAGUUCAAGAUGCCCAAAUUCAAGAUGCCCUCUUUCGGGGUGUCCUCGCCUGGCAAGCCCUCCGUGGAGGCCUCCCUGGACGUGGCUGCCCCUAAGCUAGAGGCAGACGUGACUCUACCCUCAGUGCAGGGCGACCUCAAGACCCCUGACCUGAGCAUUCAGCUGCCGUCCGCCGAACUGGAGGUUAAGGCCGGCCAGGUGGGCGUGAAGCUGCCCGAGGGCCAGCUGCCAGAUGCAGAGCUGACCGCUCAGGCUGCCGCAGGUUACGGCCUCAAGGGCCACCUGCCCAAGGUAGAGAUGCCUAGCCUCAAGAUGCCCAAGGUGGACCUGAAGGGCCCCCACGUGGACCUGAAGGCUCCCAAAUUUGACGUGAAGGGCCCCAAGGGUGAGCUGAGCGGCCCAGACGUGGAGGGGUCGAUGCCCGGCGUCGCCGUGGACAUCCAGGUCCUUGGAGCAAAGCCGGAGGGGGACCUUGACUUGGCCGACAAGGACGUGGCCGCCAAAGACAGCAAGUUCAAGAUGCCCAAAUUCAAGAUGCCCUCUUUCGGGGUGUCCUCGCCUGGCAAGCCCUCCGUGGAGGCCUCCCUGGACGUGGCUGCCCCUAAGCUAGAGGCAGACGUGACUCUACCCUCAGUGCAGGGCGACCUCAAGACCCCUGACCUGAGCAUUCAGCUGCCGUCCGCCGAACUGGAGGUAAAGGCCGGCCAGGUGGGCGUGAAGCUGCCCGAGGGCCAGCUGCCAGAUGCAGAGCUGACCGCUCAGGCUGCUUCAGGAUCGGGCCUCAAGGGCCACCUGCCCAAGGUAGAGAUGCCUAGCCUCAAGAUGCCCAAGGUGGACCUGAAGGGCCCCCACGUGGACCUGAAGGCUCCCAAAUUUGACGUGAAGGGCCCCAAGGGUGAGCUGAGCGGCCCAGACGUGGAGGGGUCGAUGCCCGGCGUCGCCGUGGACAUCCAGGUCCUUGGAGCAAAACCGGAGGGGGACCUUGACUUGGCCGACAAGGACGUGGCCGCCAAAGACAGCAAGUUCAAGAUGCCCAAAUUCAAGAUGCCCUCUUUCGGGGUGUCCUCGCCUGGCAAGCCCUCCGUGGAGGCCUCCCUGGUCGUGGCUGCCCCUAAGCUAGAGGCAGACGUGACUCUACCCUCAGUGCAGGGCGACCUCAAGACCCCUGACCUGACCAUUCAGCUGCCGUCCGCCGAACUGGAGGUAAAGGCCGGCCAGGUGGGCGUGAAGCUGCCCGAGGGCCAGCUGCCAGAUGCAGAGCUGACCGCUCAGGCUGCUUCAGGAUCGGGCCUCAAGGGCCACCUGCCCAAGGUGCAGAUGCCCAGCCUAAAGAUGCCCAAGGUGGACCUGAAGGGCCCCCACGUGGACCUGAAGGCUCCCAAAUUUGACGUGAAGGGCCCCAAGGGUGAGCUGAGAGCCCCGGGCGUGGAGGUGUCCCAGCCGGGCAUCGACGUGGACAUCCAGGACGUAGCCGCCAAAGACAGCAAGUUCAAGAUGCCCAAAUUCAAGAUGCCCUCUUUCGGGGUGUCCUCGCCUGGCAAGCCCUCCGUGGAGGCCUCCCUGGACGUGGCUGCCCCUAAGCUAGAGGCAGACGUGACUCUACCCUCAGUGCAGGGCGACCUCAAGACCCCUGACCUGAGCAUUCAGCUGCCGUCCGCCGAACUGGAGGUAAAGGCCGGCCAGGUGGGCGUGAAGCUGCCCGAGGGCCAGCUGCCAGAUGCAGAGCUGACCGCUCAGGCCGCUUCAGGAUCGGGCCUCAAGGGCCACCUGCCCAAGGUGCAGAUGCCCAGCCUAAAGAUGCCCAAGGUGGACCUGAAGGGCCCCCACGUGGACCUGAAGGCUCCCAAAUUUGACGUGAAGGGCCCCAAGGGUGAUAUGAGAGCCCCGGGCGUGGAGGUGUCCCAGCCGGGCAUCGACGUGGACAUCCAGGCUUCUGGAACAAAGCUGGAGGGGGACCUCGGCCUGACCCUAACCGACAAGGACGUAGCCGCCAAAGACAGCAAGUUCAAGAUGCCCAAAUUCAAGAUGCCCUCUUUCGGGGUGUCCUCGCCUGGCAAGCCCUCCGUGGAGGCCUCCCUGGACGUGGCUGCCCCUAAGCUAGAGGCAGACGUGACUCUACCCUCAGUGCAGGGAGACCUCAAGACCCCUGACCUGAGCAUUCAGCUGCCGUCCGCCGAACUGGAGGUAAAGGCCGGCCAGGUGGGCGUGAAGCUGCCCGAGGGCCAGCUGCCAGAUGCAGAGCUGACCGCUCAGGCUGCUUCAGGAUCGGGCCUCAAGGGCCACCUGCCCAAGGUAGAGAUGCCUAGCCUCAAGAUGCCCAAGGUGGACCUGAAGGGCCCCCACGUGGACCUGAAGGCUCCCAAAUUUGACGUGAAGGGCCCCAAGGGUGAGCUGAGCGGCCCAGACGUGGAGGGGUCGAUGCCCGGCGUCGCCGUGGACAUCCAGGUCCUUGGAGCAAAGCCGGAGGGGGACCUUGACUUGGCCGACAAGGACGUGGCCGCCAAAGACAGCAAGUUCAAGAUGCCCAAAUUCAAGAUGCCCUCUUUCGGGGUGUCCUCGCCUGGCAAGCCCUCCGUGGAGGCCUCCCUGGACGUGGCUGCCCCUAAGCUAGAGGCAGACGUGACUCUACCCUCAGUGCAGGGCGACCUCAAGACCCCUGACCUGAGCAUUCAGCUGCCGUCCGCCGAACUGGAGGUAAAGGCCGGCCAGGUGGGCGUGAAGCUGCCCGAGGGCCAGCUGCCAGAUGCAGAGCUGACCGCUCAGGCUGCUUCAGGAUCGGGCCUCAAGGGCCACCUGCCCAAGGUGCAGAUGCCCAGCCUAAAGAUGCCCAAGGUGGACCUGAAGGGCCCCCACGUGGACCUGAAGGCUCCCAAAUUUGACGUGAAGGGCCCCAAGGGUGAGCUGAGAGCCGCGGGCGUGGAGGUGUCCCAGCCGGGCAUCGACGUGGACAUCCAUGCUUCUGGAACAAAGCUGGAGGGGGACCUCGGCCUGACCCUAACCGACAAGGACAUAGCCGCCAAAGACAGCAAGUUCAAGAUGCCCAAAUUCAAGAUGCCCUCUUUCGGGGUGUCCUCGCCUGGCAAGCCCUCCGUGGAGGCCUCCCUGGACGUGGCUGCCCCUAAGCUAGAGGCAGACGUGACUCUACCCUCAGUGCAGGGCGACCUCAAGACCCCUGACCUGAGCAUUCAGCUGCCGUCCGCCGAACUGGAGGUUAAGGCCGGCCAGGUGGGCGUGAAGCUGCCCGAGGGCCAGCUGCCAGAUGCAGAGAUGCCCGCACAGGCUGCCGCAGGUUACGGCCUCAAGGGCCACCUGCCCAAGGUAGAGAUGCCUAGCCUCAAGAUGCCCAAGGUGGACCUGAAGGGCCCCCACGUGGACCUGAAGGCUCCCAAAUUUGACGUGAAGGGCCCCAAGGGUGAGCUGAGCGGCCCAGACGUGGAGGGGUCGAUGCCCGGCGUCGCCGUGGACAUCCAGGUCCUUGGAGCAAAGCCGGAGGGGGACCUUGACUUGGCCGACAAGGACGUGGCCGCCAAAGACAGCAAGUUCAAGAUGCCCAAAUUCAAGAUGCCCUCUUUCGGGGUGUCCUCGCCUGGCAAGCCCUCCGUGGAGGCCUCCCUGGACGUGGCUGCCCCUAAGCUAGAGGCAGACGUGACUCUACCCUCAGUGCAGGGCGACCUCAAGACCCCUGACCUGAGCAUUCAGCUGCCGUCCGCCGAACUGGAGGUAAAGGCCGGCCAGGUGGGCGUGAAGCUGCCCGAGGGCCAGCUGCCAGAUGCAGAGCUGACCGCUCAGGCUGCUUCAGGAUCGGGCCUCAAGGGCCACCUGCCCAAGGUGCAGAUGCCCAGCCUAAAGAUGCCCAAGGUGGACCUGAAGGGCCCCCACGUGGACCUGAAGGCUCCCAAAUUUGACGUGAAGGGCCCCAAGGGUGAUAUAAGAGCCCCGGGCGUGGAGGUGUCCCAGCCGGGCAUCGACGUGGACAUCCAGGCUUCUGGAGCAAAGCCGGAGGGGGACCUCGGCCUGACCCUAACCGACAAGGACGUAGCCGCCAAAGACAGCAAGUUCAAGAUGCCCAAAUUCAAGAUGCCCUCUUUCGGGGUGUCCUCGCCUGGCAAGCCCUCCGUGGAGGCCUCCCUGGACGUGGCUGCCCCUAAGCUAGAGGCAGACGUGACUCUACCCUCAGUGCAGGGCGACCUCAAGAUCCCUGACCUGAGCAUUCAGCUGCCGUCCGCCGAACUGGAGGUUAAGGCCGGCCAGGUGGGCGUGAAGCUGCCCGAGGGCCAGCUGCCAGAUGCAGAGAUGCCCGCACAGGCUGCCGCAGGUUACGGCCUCAAGGGCCACCUGCCCAAGGGCCCCAAGGGUGAGCUGAGAGCCGCGGGCGUGGAGGUGUCCCAGCCGGGCAUCGACGUGGACAUCCAGGCUUCUGGAACAAAGCUGGAGGGGGACCUCGGCCUGACCCUAACCGACAAGGACGUAGCCGCCAAAGACAGCAAGUUCAAGAUGCCCAAAUUCAAGAUGCCCUCUUUCGGGGUGUCCUCGCCUGGCAAGCCCUCCGUGGAGGCCUCCCUGGACGUGGCUGCCCCUAAGCUAGAGGCUGACGUGACUCUAACCUCAGUGCAGGGCGACCUCAAGACCCCUGACCUGAGCAUUCAGCUGCCGUCUGCCGAACUGGAGGUUAAGGCCGGCCAGGUGGGCGUGAAGCUGCCCGAGGGCCAGCUGCCAGAUGCAGAGAUGCCCGCACAGGCUGCCGCAGGUUACGGCCUCAAGGGCCACCUGCCCAAGGUAGAGAUGCCUAGCCUCAAGAUGCCCAAGGUGGACCUGAAGGGCCCCCACGUGGACCUGAAGGCUCCCAAAUUUGACGUGAAGGGCCCCAAGGGUGAGCUGAGCGGCCCAGACGUGGAGGGGUCGAUGCCCGGCGUCGCCGUGGACAUCCAGGUCCUUGGAGCAAAGCCGGAGGGGGACCUUGACUUGGCCGACAAGGACGUGGCCGCCAAAGACAGCAAGUUCAAGAUGCCCAAAUUCAAGAUGCCCUCUUUCGGGGUGUCCUCGCCUGGCAAGCCCUCCGUGGAGGCCUCCCUGGACGUGGCUGCCCCUAAGCUAGAGGCAGACGUGACUCUACCCUCAGUGCAGGGCGACCUCAAGACCCCUGACCUGAGCAUUCAGCUGCCGUCCGCCGAACUGGAGGUAAAGGCCGGCCAGGUGGGCGUGAAGCUGCCCGAGGGCCAGCUGCCAGAUGCAGAGCUGACCGCUCAGGCUGCUUCAGGAUCGGGCCUCAAGGGCCACCUGCCCAAGGUAGAGAUGCCUAGCCUCAAGAUGCCCAAGGUGGACCUGAAGGGCCCCCACGUGGACCUGAAGGCUCCCAAAUUUGACGUGAAGGGCCCCAAGGGUGAGCUGAGCGGCCCAGACGUGGAGGGGUCGAUGCCCGGCGUCGCCGUGGACAUCCAGGUCCUUGGAGCAAAACCGGAGGGGGACCUUGACUUGGCCGACAAGGACGUAGCCGCCAAAGACAGCAAGUUCAAGAUGCCCAAAUUCAAGAUGCCCUCUUUCGGGGUGUCCUCGCCUGGCAAGCCCUCCGUGGAGGCCUCCCUGGUCGUGGCUGCCCCUAAGCUAGAGGCAGACGUGACUCUACCCUCAGUGCAGGGCGACCUCAAGACCCCUGACCUGAGCAUUCAGCUGCCGUCCGCCGAACUGGAGGUAAAGGCCGGCCAGGUGGGCGUGAAGCUGCCCGAGGGCCAGCUGCCAGAUGCAGAGCUGACCGCUCAGGCCGCUUCAGGAUCGGGCCUCAAGGGCCACCUGCCCAAGGUGCAGAUGCCCAGCCUAAAGAUGCCCAAGGUGGACCUGAAGGGCCCCCACGUGGACCUGAAGGCUCCCAAAUUUGACGUGAAGGGCCCCAAGGGUGAGCUGAGAGCCCCGGGCGUGGAGGUGUCCCAGCCGGGCAUCGACGUGGACAUCCAGGCUUCUGGAACAAAGCUGGAGGGGGACCUCGGCCUGACCCUAACCGACAAGGACGUAGCCGCCAAAGACAGCAAGUUCAAGAUGCCCAAAUUCAAGAUGCCCUCUUUCGGGGUGUCCUCGCCUGGCAAGCCCUCCGUGGAGGCCUCCCUGGACGUGGCUGCCCCUAAGCUAGAGGCAGACGUGACUCUACCCUCAGUGCAGGGCGACCUCAAGACCCCUGACCUGAGCAUUCAGCUGCCGUCCGCCGAACUGGAGGUAAAGGCCGGCCAGGUGGGCGUGAAGCUGCCCGAGGGCCAGCUGCCAGAUGCAGAGCUGACCGCUCAGGCCGCUUCAGGAUCGGGCCUCAAGGGCCACCUGCCCAAGGUGCAGAUGCCCAGCCUAAAGAUGCCCAAGGUGGACCUGAAGGGCCCCCACGUGGACCUGAAGGCUCCCAAAUUUGACGUGAAGGGCCCCAAGGGUGAUAUGAGAGCCCCGGGCGUGGAGGUGUCCCAGCCGGGCAUCGACGUGGACAUCCAGGCUUCUGGAACAAAGCUGGAGGGGGACCUCGGCCUGACCCUAACCGACAAGGACGUAGCCGCCAAAGACAGCAAGUUCAAGAUGCCCAAAUUCAAGAUGCCCUCUUUCGGGGUGUCCUCGCCUGGCAAGCCCUCCGUGGAGGCCUCCCUGGACGUGGCUGCCCCUAAGCUAGAGGCAGACGUGACUCUACCCUCAGUGCAGGGAGACCUCAAGACCCCUGACCUGAGCAUUCAGCUGCCGUCCGCCGAACUGGAGGUAAAGGCCGGCCAGGUGGGCGUGAAGCUGCCCGAGGGCCAGCUGCCAGAUGCAGAGCUGACCGCUCAGGCUGCUUCAGGAUCGGGCCUCAAGGGCCACCUGCCCAAGGUAGAGAUGCCUAGCCUCAAGAUGCCCAAGGUGGACCUGAAGGGCCCCCACGUGGACCUGAAGGCUCCCAAAUUUGACGUGAAGGGCCCCAAGGGUGAGCUGAGCGGCCCAGACGUGGAGGGGUCGAUGCCCGGCGUCGCCGUGGACAUCCAGGUCCUUGGAGCAAAGCCGGAGGGGGACCUUGACUUGGCCGACAAGGACGUGGCCGCCAAAGACAGCAAGUUCAAGAUGCCCAAAUUCAAGAUGCCCUCUUUCGGGGUGUCCUCGCCUGGCAAGCCCUCCGCGGAGGCCUCCCUGGACGUGGCUGCCCCUAAGCUAGAGGCAGACGUGACUCUACCCUCAGUGCAGGGCGACCUCAAGACCCCUGACCUGAGCAUUCAGCUGCCGUCCGCCGAACUGGAGGUAAAGGCCGGCCAGGUGGGCGUGAAGCUGCCCGAGGGCCAGCUGCCAGAUGCAGAGCUGACCGCUCAGGCUGCUUCAGGAUCGGACCUCAAGGGCCACCUGCCCAAGGUGCAGAUGCCCAGCCUAAAGAUGCCCAAGGUGGACCUGAAGGGCCCCCACGUGGACCUGAAGGCUCCCAAAUUUGACGUGAAGGGCCCCAAGGGUGAGCUGAGAGCCGCGGGCGUGGAGGUGUCCCAGCCGGGCAUCGACGUGGACAUCCAGGUCCUUGGAGCAAAGCUGGAGGGGGACCUCGGCCUGACCCUAACCGACAAGGACGUAGCCGCCAAAGACAGCAAGUUCAAGAUGCCCAAAUUCAAGAUGCCCUCUUUCGGGGUGUCCUCGCCUGGCAAGCCCUCCGUGGAGGCCUCCCUGGACGUGGCUGCCCCUAAGCUAGAGGCAGACGUGACUCUACCCUCAGUGCAGGGCGACCUCAAGACCCCUGACCUGAGCAUUCAGCUGCCGUCCGCCGAACUGGAGGUUAAGGCCGGCCAGGUGGGCGUGAAGCUGCCCGAGGGCCAGCUGCCAGAUGCAGAGCUGACCGCUCAGGCUGCCGCAGGUUACGGCCUCAAGGGCCACCUGCCCAAGGUAGAGAUGCCUAGCCUCAAGAUGCCCAAGGUGGACCUGAAGGGCCCCCACGUGGACCUGAAGGCUCCCAAAUUUGACGUGAAGGGCCCCAAGGGUGAGCUGAGCGGCCCAGACGUGGAGGGGUCGAUGCCCGGCGUCGCCGUGGACAUCCAGGUCCUUGGAGCAAAGCCGGAGGGGGGACCUUGA